AUGGGUUUCACAGCCAUUAACAACUCAUAUGCUCCAAGCUCGACGACAACAGCGGCAUCAGUAGACUCGGAAAUUGUGUCAAGCCCUAGCAAUGCACCGAGAUCAGUGGCGUCGGAGUACCUUGGUCGCGGGCAAGAGCAGCCGCACGAGCAGCUGGCAGCGUCUUCCAAAAAAGGCAAUGCCAACAGCAAGAAGCGAGCGGCACCUGCCCGUGGGGCAUCCAAUUCCAAGAAGCGGCGGACGAGUAGUGUCAAAGAUGUCUUGACUGUGCGCAAGUCGGCUGACGAACGACCGCUUGUCCCCGAGGACUACAGUGUCAAAGCGCGAAGUGAUGCGGCGAAACCCGCAAAGACGAAGAAACAGUCAUCUAAGGGAAAGCAUGCUCAUGUUGGCGAAGCCGUAAGUGUAGAGAAGGAUCAGUCUGCUCCAACAGCGACGAAACCCAUCUCAGUCUAUGCCCCUACGACCUCGAUGAAUGCGCUUGAUUCAACACCAGCGCAGACGUCUUUCAACUCUAUCAAAGAGAAUGCUGGUAAAAGUUUCACGCUCUACUCAGGCACCGAGAGCAGCUCUUCAGCGCCUACGAACGUCGCAUUCUCUCAACGUUGGCUGCCACCCACCUUCGAAUAUCGCAGCGUGGGUCUCGACUCAUCACAAAACCAGUCACGAGGCUCAGACGAGAACGACAACGAUCGCAGCAAAGAUACUACAGGGUCCAGAGCAGACGAGCCCAUCUUGGUCAGAGAUGCUGAUUGCGACCCUCGACGCAGUCCCGGAUUGACCAAGGCUACCAAUUUCUUGCCAAGUAUAUCUUCCGAUGAGUUCCAUGACAUCGAAGAAUUGAUUGACGUCGACGACGAAGAUCUGGUAAACUUUGCAAAGUCAGUAGAGCAAGCUGUGGGAGAUUGGCCAUCCACUCCAACAAAGCGAGCUCGCAAGGAUAACAUCCGUGAUGUUGAUGAACACGAAGAUUACGGAGGCGCUUUAUUGACCCAAGCUGAAAAGGACGUGAUAAGUGAGUCAAGGCUAAGUAUCUUGCGCAUGUGCCAUUAACUGAUUACGCACAGAGCAAAUGGAUGCAAAGCGCGAAAAGACCAUCAAGCCGAUCCUGCGAAAGCCCUUCUUGCCUCCGAUCCUGGACCGAUCCCCGAUUUUUGGAGCGUCAAAGAAUACACUUCUUCGCACUUGCUUCCGUGUUGGCGAAGCUCUCAAUACUGGCUGCCAGGCCGUUCGCUGCGGCAACAAUGUAAUCAUCGAGCUGUAUGCUCGCGUCACUGCUUCAUGGCGUGAACCGAAGCCGAGUCGCAAGCAACAUUUCAUGUUCAAAGAUCUAUAUCACAAUAAUCCGCCGCAUCUCAACGGCACAUAUGAGCUCUGGGAUCAAUCUCAGCUGUGGGAUCGGGACAGUAAACCCUUCCUUUCUGCGAAUGAUGGUCAGGGCAAGAUCUGCCGGAUGAUUGGCAAGAUGAGACGCGACGGACGACUGUGGAGGAUUGAAAUUCUGAGUAUUUGGGAGGCAAGCUGGGAGGAUGUGGAUUAUGUUGCGGGAGUCUAUAUUGACCGUGUUUUGGGAGAUGACGAAGAUGGCGAUGACGAGUAA